GUUCUUCCCAUGGUUCUUACCCGCGUAAACCGCUCAGUAAAAAUGGCGGACACUCGGUCCAUGGUAGACAUUUGCUAACAACACCAAGAGCAUCGAUUAAAUGUUCAACUUCACGUUUUAAAAGAAGAAAAACCAUAGCGUAACGGGAGUGUCGUUACUAUCGUUAUUCCUUCGAAAGGUGUCUGGAGAAGUUGUCCUCGUAUCGAACGGAAAAUAGCAUUUUUUCCACUCAGUCGGUAAGUGUCCCUCAAUGCCUCAUGUUUGUUUCAUGAAGCUUUUGACCCGCGUUUUCAGCACAAAACCUCAAAUAAAUGCAGGAAUCUGAAUCAGGAAGAGACCAAUUUUGUUCCGUGUCGCCUUAAGCGAAAAUAACGACAUCUCUAAACUGUUUAGUCAUUCUCAAAGGCGAGCUUUCCGACGUGUUCCGGGGUUUCGUUUCAAAGCGUGACUCUGCUAACGAAGUGAAAACAGCGUUUAAAACACAGAAAGAGUCCUCACGUACGAACCCUGUCCCCCCCCCAAAAAAAUGUCCAAAUAUACCCCUGUAAUAUGCCCUUUAAGCAAAACUAGAGGCGAAAUUGUUUAUUUUUAUUGUCGUGACUAAGAUAACCCUGCUGUUAGGCUGAAGUGGACUCUUGUACAGAACUACAUUUGAUGUUGUUAUGUACAAGUUUAAAGUAUAAAUACAGCAUAAUAUCAUAUCUUCACACAAUUGAAAGAAUAGUAGAGCAUUCUUGAAACUUUAAAUAAUUCACUUAAGUACGUAUUCUUUUUUUCUGAUACUCUCAUACAGUUACUUGAUGCAAGAGUAUGUACAACUGUGUGAUCUAAUGCAAGGGAAUAUGACAGAUCUACCGUGAAUUUUACUGCCAUAUUGUGACUGAUAAAUUGCCUUUAUUGUAUUCCUGCCAGUCUCUUAAAGCUGCAAUCAUAGACCUACUCCAUCAGUAUUACUGCAUACCAUGUGGUCAUUAGACAGCAGAGUGCAUUAAUCAGAAGGUGAGCCUUGCUCGUCCUGAAGUGAUUCCUCUUCAUCUAAAAAAGAAAUGCUUUGCCCUUAGAUAUGCUAUGUAGCCAUCCCUAACAUGGUCUUUCAUUUAUGUCUCCAUAGGUGUGAAGUGGGAGGCUAAAAUCACUCAAGACUUUUUUGACAAAGACAUCUGUGAGCCACUGCCAGCCACCUUCAAAGAUGUCAGACCAUAUGAUGAAAGAAUUUGGGGCCCUGCUGAAUACAACCCUGGAGGCUGUCCUGAAAAGGGCUACCUUUGAAAUAAUGAAGAUCUUUGAGUACAGCUUACAUGACCACCAGUUGGAGCUAGGCCGAAAAGGAGAAGAGAUCGUCCAACUGAAAGUGAAGCUACAAAGAGCAGAGCUCAAGCUGAGAGAUGCUGUCGGUACAGAAGAUGGAGGAGCAGAGAUGAAUAAUCAGAUGAUUGAAGCUCAAAGAGAGCCUGAAGAAGAUACCACAGAUCAAAAGCCUUUGGUUCCUGAGAUUGACUUUGAAGGUAUGGUAUCUUGAGUGAGGUCAAGGAUUUUGAAGAUAUUUUUUGAUCAAAACCUGUUAAUUUCCUGCCUUUCAAGUAUCCCAGACCAAGUAUUCACCUUUUAGAAAUGCUAUGAUGUAGUAAUUACAACUACUAGAAUCCCUGUUGUGUGUUUUACAAGAUUAUCUUGAUCAUAUUUGUGAUGUUUUGUCUGGUCUCAUGCAGUACCUGAUGACUGGUGUGCUCCAGUGGGCGAGGAUCCUACAAAUCCAUAUGAUGGCGUGUGUCCCAGUGUGAGAUUACGCAGGCUGUCUAUUCCUCUUAAGCAUGUCCCAAUAAUCAAGCAAGAGGUACAUAACAGUGGGAGAAAUAAAGAUGUGAUUUCACUCCUGUUUAGCAUAAUAAAUGACUGGCAGUCAAAGUUGCUGAUGAAAACCUGCCAGUUCAUUUUGUAGGUAAUGUUUUGCGGCUUUGUAACAACAACACAUAUUUGUUUUAGAGUCUUUAGACCAAUUCAGACUUGAGACAUUAAGUGCUGCGACUGAACAAUAUGUUUUAUCAAUAGAACUGCGCUGUGAACAUGUUCAGUCGUAAUGUUGCAUUGCAUAUGAUGUCUUUCAUUUGACCUAAAACACUAAAUGACAGUGGGUUCUAAUAAAUAACGUAUGCAUUUUUAGGUGGCUCAGCAAAACAUUGACACCCAAAAGGAAGAAAAGGGUGUCAGGAGAUCCAAGAGAGGUGAGGACUAGUCUUUUGAUCUUCUGCAACUUCUGCAAGUCUGUGCUCUGUUGGGUUCGCAAUAGGCAGAUGCCUUUAAAACGUGUCAUUUAAACAUGACAACAAAAUAGCCAAAAUAUUACACAUUUAGCUUAUUGGUUAGCAGCUAGCUGCUUUAAGCUUCAGAUUUGGUAUAAAAUAUGAAUGGGUAAUUAGAAAUGGUUCAAGAUGUGUAUGUCUUCAACAUGUCCACUUCAAAAAAAUAAUUUUAAAUGAUUUAAAAAAAAAAGAAUGAUAAAUUGCAUAAAAAGUUGUAAACAUACCUGAUCUGAGAUGUGUGUUCCUAAUGUGCCUCGGUGAUCUGGUGGCUGGCACAACAGCUUUAACCUACCCAACAGUACAGGUGAGCCUCUUGUGGAGAAUAGGGCAGUCAGGAGAUAGGCAUUCACUAAGAAUAAAGCCUGUUUGUGUAUUUGAUUUUGUGCAGAGCCACCCUGUGGGGUGCCUGAUCAAAAGAAAGAAAGAAAUUGCCUUAUGCUGAUUGGUGUGCACAGAUUGAAAUCCGGACUCAUGGAUUUGCAGGUGGCUACAUUUUUUUGUAUAGCGGUUAUGUAAACAAGCUAUUGUUUUACCUAUAGACCAGUCAUCUCUGACUGCUCCAUUGAAACAUCCCACCUGUGCUGCUGCAUUGACAUUAGACUACAUCAGUCACAUACUUACCUGUGUACAUUGUGGGACAGCUAGGCUAUAAAAUGUUGGAAAAUAAACUGAUAGACAAGUCAAACAAAGGUGAGGCCACUCAUCUUUUUAUUUGUUUUACACAAAGAUUUUUGUGCUGCAGUUAAGUUACUAAAGUGAACUACCUGUCUUAACAACUGUCACAAAUAUGUUAAAUCAGUGUAAUCUCUUAAAAUUCCAACAUCUUGCAUAGCCUGCUUUUACAAACACUUCAGACAUCAAAGUCUGGUUUACUGUGUUAUAUGUCCGAACAUUUGUGAUUUUUUCUUAAUCUGAACUCUUCAUUAUCGCUGGUUUACAGUUAUGCACCUCACUGUUUUUUGUUCACAGGUUCUUUAUCAAACAAUGGGAAUAAUCAAGCCCAGCACGAGAGUUUGACAACACUUCGCCAAAGCGGUCAGCAUAAACAAGUCAGAGGUGACAUCAAUAUAUUGCUGCAUGAAAAUGCUGUACGUGGAGCAGGUCUCAGAAGGAGAGAAAAAAAUUCAAUGGGAAAUGAGCAAGACGAUAGACAGAGUGAAAGACAGGACAGAGAAAGUGAAGCAAGCAACAUCAAGCCUGCGGAACCAGAGACAACUGAAAAGGACAGCAAAAAAAAGGCAUACACAUGCAAGUUUUGUAAGAAGGCGUUUGAUUGCACGUUUGGGUUAAGUGUGCACGUACGUUCUCACAAGUGGUGCCAGGGGUGCAAAAAAGAAUUCCCUUUCCCAAGUAUGCUUACAACCCAUAAAUCACACUGUAGAAAACUACAGAAAAAAUUCUCAAAAAAAGCCCCCUCCUCAGCUGCUCCAGAACCAACACCAAGCAACAAUAAGGUAACAGGUAAGGAAGACAGUAUGGCAGAACCCAGUCAGUCAUCUAUCCACAAAGCUCAACCCACCAAAAAAUUCUCCUGUGCAUUUUGCGGCAAAUUGUGUUGCUCAGGUUCCAGCCUUCAAGAUCAUAUGCGCAUUCAUACUGGGGAAAAGCCAUUUACUUGUAGGGUUUGCUUAAAAAAAUUCAGAAGUAAACAGGCGCUGAAACUCCACGUGAUGAGAUUACACAAAGACCAGCUGAACUCUGGAGACACAAAUGGUGGCUUUGCAUGGACCGAACCUUUAGAGGCAACUAAAGACUCAGUUUCCAACUCAGACGAUAAAAGACCACAUCAAGUUAAAAAGCAGACAGACGGGUGGCAAGCAUGUGGCACACGCGCCACAAAGGGUUAUAGCUGCAACUUGUGUUCAAAGUUGACAAAAAACAGGCACCUUUUGAUCGAGCAUUAUCGUGUCCACACAAGAGAGAAGCCCUAUGAGUGUCCAGGGUGUCACAGUCGGUUUCGUUUCCGCGGGCAGUUCACUGGACAUACUAAAAAAUGUGCCCAAUAUAACUUCCAGGGUGAUCAAGUAAAGUUACAGUGGGAUGAAGUUAAAAUCGAGUUUGAUCAAGAAAAGUUUAAGUGUGAUGUAUGUGGAAAGAAAUUCUUAAAAAGAAACGUGUUUAAGAGGCACAUGUCUACACAUAACAGAGAUUGGCAUAUUUCUUGCAAGGUUUGUGGGAAAGGUUUCAUAGCUGAAGCAUUCCUCAAGAAGCACAUGGAGCGUUUUCAUGAGAGCGUUAGUGUAACGGCAUGUGCAGAGUAGGUGCUGUGGGACAAUUCAUGUCAGGUGAAACACUUGCAGAGGCAGUGUUGGAAUCAACUUUAUUGUGUUGAUAAUACUUCGAUGGUAACAAUGGUUGCCAUGGUAAGUUACUUAUGUAAAUUUUUCCCAAGCAUUGAUUCUUUUUCAUCAAAAGUCGUUAACUGGUUAUCUGAUGUGCAGAGUUCUGAAACGAGCCAGAAUUAAACAAGACAUAGUUCAAGUUGCAGCUGUUUGAAAUGGCCGGCUCUUAAUUUUCUUCCACUGAUCCAUAUGAGCAUGAUGGACUAGGUGUGGUUUCCUUACUCUGUAAUAUAUGUUUUACAACAGUGUUGCAAGACAUACAUAUUCAUAAUAAAGUCUGCAUUUGAUAUCUGGACUUA